UCAAAAAGUUCAGCCAGUCCAGCCAGUCCAGUCCAAUACCCAUCAAAAAGCUAUCUUCCCUAUCUCAUCUCGCCCUGGAAUUCUUGGACGAGAACGUGGUUAGGCCGUUCCUCACAAGACUGGAUCGGGACCAUCCCAUUGGAAUCCAUUGGAACCGGUACACCUGGACUUGGCUAAAUAUAUGCUAAAGGUAUGCUAAAGGUAGGGGAUAUAGGGGAAUCUAAUAUACUGGAUUGUGGGGAGGGGAAGCGCUGACGCGAUCAAUGCAUCAUCAUUCCUGCUUGGAAUCUGGAUAUAUGAGACAGUCCCUUGGUAAGGCUUCACUUACCUUCCCUUGGUUACGUAGUCCACGAGGUGAUGAAUAACUAGCUGCCCUCUCUUACCUUACCAUUUAUUGCCAUCCUUCCCGAUAUUAUCAUCCCCCUCUCUCACUACCCCUGGCCUCUCUUUUCUCCUUCCCAACAUCCUUGACAACCCAAAAGCAUCUGAAACGGUAUUAAUCAUGGAGAAAAUCAAGAGCAUUUUGAGUCCCGGCAAGCAUGUCGAGGAUGAGAUCUUGUAUGGGUCUGGUGGCGGCGGCCAAUAUGAGCAUACUGGCCGCGAGGCACCAGGCUCGACAGGUGCUGGUUACUAUGGUCAAACCAGUAGCCAACCUCAGAUAUACAACAGGGGGGGAGACCCCAUCCCCAGCCAACCCUCAACCGCACAGGAUUACGGUAAGACCGGAGAUGAAUACCUGGCAGCCGAGAAAGAACGGGCUGCGAAAUCCAGGGUAGCGAGGGAGUCAUCUACAACGGAGAAGAAAAACGGCCACCGCAAAUCGCGAUCUGGUGAGCACAAAGAGAGCCGCAACCCUUACACGCAGCAGGCUGUUGGUCCUCGGCUUGGAGAAGGCUCUGAAGAGUCCAAGAUAGCAGCACGUAAUGCUCAAGCUCAGGCCAUAGGCGCUGGUUAUUCCAUUGCCCAGGGCAGCCAGGGUGCAGCUGCUGCUGGUCUUGUUGGCACGGCAGGCGCAGCAGGUGCAGCAGGUGCAGCAGGCACUUCGAAGAAAGGGGUCACAAUGGUGCCCAUGGAGACAGACUCACCCCAUGGUGAAGUGGUAGGAAGAACAGUAUCGGGUCACCACACGGUGGAACGAACAGCGUCCGGCCAGUACAGGACUCGCCUGGCGAGUAUAAUCGAUCCAAACUAUGGAGAAGGCGUUAAAACGUCGGAGAGCGCAGAACCACGCGUUGCUAGCGUCGCCCUGCCUAAUGGCACGAAAUAUAUCGACCCAAAGGCGGCCGAGGAUUAUGGGCUGGGCUACAACCCCCCUACCGGUUCGGGCUACGGAGGCCAGGGACAGCCUCAGGUUGCGACGACGAAGUCUGAGGCUGACCACGCCGUUAGUGGUGACCAAACGGGCCACAAGGGUGCUGGGGUAGUGGGAGCUGGUGUUGCCGGUGCUGCUGUGGCAGAUGCAGGUUAUGAGGGCACAAAGACAGACAGGGCACAGCCUCGUGAUGUCGAUGACCCUGCAUACAGGACGUCUCGGGUGCAUGGCGUCGAGGAAACUACUACAACUCACAAAGCCGAUAAAUCCGCCAAGAAAGCUGCAUCCAAGGCGGCUCCAGAAAGACUCGACGAAUCUGCAUACGCGGUUAAGCCCACAGCAGCCAGGUAUGGUGAUGUCGGCAACGACUAUGGCAAGGGCGUGAAAGAUCCUCGCUACGGUUUGCCUAUAGCCGCUGCAGGAAUCAGUGCUGAGGAGGCCGCGGCCAUACGCAGGAAUGAGGCCAAUGUGGCCCGGCCCGCUGCACAGGGUCAAGCCUAUACGGGCAGACCGACUACAGUGGAACAGGAUUAUGCCGCCCAGCCUGCGACGGCAAAUCAAGCUUAUGGCACCCAGCACGCUACACAGGCUGAGCAGCAAGCAGCCAAACAUGCGGAGGAGAAGAAGCCCAGCCGCCGCUCCAGCAUCUUAGGGUUCCUUCACCUAGGCAAAGACAAGAAAAAACACAGCAAAGACGCGCAGCGCCAACCAUACACCGACCUCACCGGCCAAGCUCCCCUCGGCUCCGUAGCAGGUACCGGGUUCGGACAACAACAGUCGUUGGUACCGGGAUCAACGGUUGGACAUGGCCAGACUGCUGAUCUGGCGUAUCGCGAUCGCAUGCCUAGCACGGCUGAUGUGCCGGCUUUCACUGGUGGGCUUGUGGGGCCUAAUGGAACGCCAUUGAGGGGUGCUUCUGCUGCCAACCCGGACUCGUCUGCUUGGGCAAAGUCUACCGAGAAGGAAGUUAUGGAUAGGGGUGGUAUGGGACAAGGGGCUUAUGGUAGUGGUGGUGGUGCUGCGACUAACCAGGCGGCAUAUGGUGACACUGGUGCGACCAACCAGGCUGCAUAUGACACUGGAAUCGAUGAGUCCUAUGCUGCACCUACCGGCACUGGAGCUACUCAAGUUAGAGCGACUCAAAAGUCGGGCUCUCUUGGAGCAGCAACUACUGGCGGCGCCAUCGUUGCUGGAGCCGCCGCGGGGGGUCUAGCUGCUGGUGGAGUGCGUGGUUCGCAAGCCCACGAGGGAGUAGCCUCAGACUACAACAUGCAGAGCGCCCAAGACAAGGGCGCUCCAAAUCAAGAUCACCUCUACGACCAAGUCAGCCCACGCAGCUCCAAGGCGCAGCAGCAGACGAACUACAAGGAGACAAAGACCAACCACUCCAAGGAGACGACGAAGUCGAACCACAAAUCCCACAAUAAGGACAAGAACAAUACUGCCUAUGCUGGUAGUGAUGACGCCCAGACUCGUGAUGCUGAGUAUGGUGGCUAUGAGAAUGAUCCUCGGAUGGGCAGUGCUGCUCAAGGUGGGUAUGGUAGUAACGCGCCUACCUAUGAUACCUCCGCCACCAAUGGAGCAGUGUCUAACAGCGUUGCUUAUGGCGGGAAGGAAACUCAGGCUAGAAACGCUGCCUAUAGCGGCGGGGCACAGAAUGCCGGUGAGGCUGCCUUCGGCAACGAAGAGUAUGUUGGUAGUGGACUGUCGCGCCAUGGCACGACGAAGGUGGCUGAAAGGGAGGGCCACCAUGUGCUGCAUAAGGGCCCGCCUGCUAGCCACCCUGCAGCCGCUAUGGCGGGGGUGGAGUAAGGUGUCUUUGAGGUUAAUACGGGGUUUAUAUAAUGGAUAUGUUGGGGGCGGGUGGCUAGGGUUGUUGGGGAUGGAUUGGUAUUGUUUGAUUAUGUAUGCUCUUGGAUUUCUGUUCUUUUGAUACUUGUAAUACUCCAGAUUGCAAAAACUUUAUAAAAAUAGCAUGG